AUGAGCCAUCAUUCGCAAAUUAAUGAAAAUGAGAGUACAUCUGAAAGAGAGUUUAUCAGACCUGUCGAAGAUGAAGAAGAAUCAGCUAAUAUAAGAUUAUAUAUGCACAAUAUUUAUGAGGAAGUAUUUGGUGGUAAAGUAGGCGCACCAGUUCAAGAAAAUUUGCAAAAUGGUGCCAAAGUGCUAGAAUUAUGCUGUGAGGAUGGAAUUUGGAUUACAGAGGUUGCUGCUGAAUAUCCGAAUACAGAAUUUUAUGGAGUUGAUUCUAAUAUACAAAAUUCUGACAAUAAUUUUAAUAAUGUUACAUUUAUUGAAUGUAAUAUUUUUAAAAAACUACCAUUCCCCGAUAAUGAAUUUGAUUAUAUUUUUGCUAAAGAUAAAAUUUUAUAUAUGGAAAAAAAUACAUUUCUAAAAGUUUUAUCAGAAAUCCUUAGAGUAUUAAAGCCUGGAGGUUGGUUAGAGAUUUUAUGUUCGUUUAAUACGGAACACGUUUAUGGACCAGCAUAUACGCGAUUGAGAAACACAUGGGAAUCGUGGCUCGAGGUACAAAAUAUUGAUAAAGAUUUAAGUUUGAACCUUGAAAAUUAUCUUAAACAGACCGGAAAAACUGGAACACCAUUGUGUCGAACAAAAGAUUCUCAGGUUGGGUGUGGAAAUGCUUUUGGAGAGUUUCUUGUUGAAUUUCUUUUAUUUUUCUAUAGAACUGCAAGGGAUUAUUUAGCUGCUUUUAUGAAUAUUUCACUUGAAGAAUUUGAUGACUUAGUGAAUAAGGCCGAAAAUGAAUUAAGUAAAGAAAGCAGAACAACAAUGAGACAUAAACAAGUACUUGCAAGAAAGAUGAGUAUGCAUUCGGAAGAAAUUGAAGCAGCACGUACCAUGUCUAGUGCUAAAUAA